UCUUUUUUACAGCUGACUCACUGGCAAAGCCCUCACUUCCAUGCUUACUUCCCUGCUUUGACAUCGUAUCCCUCAAUUCUGGGUGAAAUGUUGUCCUGUACCUUCAACAACAUUGGUUUUACUUGGGCCUCGAGCCCAGCAGCUACAGAAUUGGAGUCCCUGGUCAUGGACUGGCUUGGGAAGAUGAUUGGAUUGCCUGACGAAUUUUUUCACUCUACUCCAACUAGCAAUGGUGGAGGGGUUAUCCAGACUACUUUGAGUGAGACGACUUUGGUCACGAUGUUUGCUGCUAAAAAAGAAGCUGUUACCCGGUAUUUGGAGACCAAUCCUGGCAGCAACCCUGGCAACGCUUAUGGAAAACUUGUCGCAUAUGCCUCGGAUCAAGCUCAUUCGUCUGUCCUGAAAGGAACAAUGAUCGCGUCUGUAAUGUUCCGCUUAGUGGAGUCGAACCCUGGGGAUUUCAAGAUGAAAGCUUCAACUUUGCAAGCACUAGUAAAUGCUGACAAAGCUGCGGGUCUUAUACCUUUCUAUGUGGUCGCUUCACUUGGAUCGACGGGCGUUUGUUCGUUCGACGACUUGUCGGAAAUCGGGCCGAUUUGUAAAAAGGAAAAGCUAUGGCUCCACGUCGAUGCAGCAUAUGCUGGUUCCUUCUUGGUUUGUCCCGAAUUCCGAUAUUUAAUCAAUGGAAUCGAAAACGCUGAUUCCUUUGCCUUCAAUCCGUCGAAGAAUCUCCUGGUCAAUUUCGACUGCACCGCCAUGUGGAUCAGAGAUCGUGCUUAUCUGCACAGAGCUUUUGAUGUUGAUCCUUUGUACCUGAAGCAUGCGAACACAGCAGGAAAUCGUGAAUUUCUCCAGCAUUGGCAAGUUCAACUCAGCAGACGCUUCAGGUCAUUGAAGCUGUGGUUCGUCAUCAGGAAUUAUGGCAUUGAAGGGAUCCAAAAGAUGCUCAGAAAGCAAAUAGAAUUGGCCAAACUGUUCGAAAACCUCGUCAGAAGCGAGAGCAUUUUUGAGAUUCCCGCAAAACGCCAUCUCGCACUCAUCGUGUUUCGGUUAAAAGGCAUGGAGAACGAAAUGACGGAAAUUCUGCUGAGACGAAUGAACGCUUGCGAAAAAAUGCAUUGCGUGCCAACGUCGCUUCAAAAGAAAUUUGUCAUUCGAUUUUGCGUGACUUCGCACAGAACAACUGAAGAGGACAUCAGGAAAGAUUUUGCACUCAUCAAAUCUUUGGCACACGAGCUUCUGGUUGAAACUGACCACGGAAAACGCAGACCUCGACUCAGCUUUUCCGCCUCUCCGAAUGCCGAGACUUCUGCCAAAAGAAGGAGUUCUUUGUCCCAAAAUGAAGCUUUGAAUUGGAGUGCUACCAUGGAGCAAGAAGGAACUAAAGACGAGAGGAAGAUGGCUUAAUCAAUUUCCAUAAUGUGAAAAAAUGCAUCAAUUUUAGUUUAUUUUUGUGUAAGAAAUAUAAUUCUUUUGUUGAA